CACAUCAUCCUCCACCUUUUCCCUCGUUCAUUUUCUCUUGUUUUUCCAAUCUUAAUCUUUUUCUAGAAGAAAGCAUCACAAACUCAGUUGUUCAUCUCUUUCAACCUUUAGACUCUCUACACGAUGUUUGCAAGCUUGUGUUGAAUUUUAUGAAUUUUUAAAAUUGUAUUUGUUUUGGGUGAACUAUGCUCCAUCAUCACUAUUUCUGAUGUUAAUCAACUCCCUCGUAUUUCCUUCCACCUUUUUAUUUGUUUUUGAUGGGAAGAAGCUAUCUUAAGGAGAUGCGUUCGUAUUCUGAUAUAGAGAAAGGUGAUGUUAAGCAUGGAGUUUCCUCCUCCCAAGAGAAAAUGACUCCAGAGAAUAGCGACUUGGCUAAUCCACCUUCUCAAGAAGAGGAAAGUACUAUAAUUUUCAAAGUGCGUCAUCGACUACGUGAAGUAAAUGAAAAAGCCUACGAACCAAAUGUGAUUCCAAUUGGCCCCUAUCAUUACCGUAAGGCACACUUGGCCAGGAUGGAAGAUUUCAAAAAGUGGUGGUUUGAGAACUUUGUUCAGGAACCCCACCUUGGUAUCGACCAAUUUCGAGAGGCAAUCAGCCCCUUGGAAGAAAAAAUUCGCAAUUGCUAUGAACAACCUCUUUCCUUUAACUAUAAAGAUGAAAAAAUUGAUAAAGAAGAAUUUGUAGAUAUGAUGGUGUAUGAUGGAUGCUUUGUUGUUCAGCUAAUCCUGGAGGAUCAUCAAUAUGAUUUUAGGAAACUGGGACGAUAUAUUUCUGCUGAAAUAUUCCAGGAUUUAUUACUUCUAGAAAACCAGCUUCCUUUCUUUGUGCUUUUGAAGUUGUAUAGCAUGAUAAACCCAAAUCCUGGACCUACAGGACAUUUUAAUGUCUUGGCUACAUCUGCUCUUAAUUUUUUCGGCAAAGAUUCCUGCUCCUUACCCAUAAAUACUACUAGUACCAGGCAUCUUCUAGACUUGGUACAUUCUACUUUCCAACCUUCAGAAAUCCAAGAAAAAGUAGUAAAAGUACCAUGCUGCGUUCCAAAAAAUACUUGUAUCAAGCAUCUUCUACGCUUGGUACGUACUACUUCCCACCCUUCAGAAACCCAAGCUGAAGUAGAAAGCUCACGGAACUCGAUGCCUAGCGCAACAGAGCUGGAAGAUGCAGGAAUCCAUUUACUAAGUGUCCCGCCUAUCCCAGAAAUGCAAAUCCAGGAGCAAUGGAAAGAGUGCAUGUUUGGUAUAACGUUUGACAAGGGCACCAAAGAACUCAAGAUUCCAACCUUACAAGUAGACGAUUUCACAGAGCGUUUCUUUCGAAAUUAUAUGGCCUACGAACAAUUCUUACCAUCGGGGGAGCCAAUUUACUUUGUUGAUUAUGUGGCAUUCAUAGAUGAUCUCAUCAACACAAGCAAGGAUGUGGAGCUACUCCGUAAAAGUGGAAUUAUUGAUAAUUUGCUAGGAAACGAUGAAGCAGUUACCCAAAUGUUUAACAAAUUGGGUAACUUCAUUCAUUACAGCCCAGAAAGCUUCUACUAUAACGAAAUAGCUAAUCAAGUGAACGACCAUUGCAAGAAAAAAUGGAACAUAUGGAAGGCAAAAUUAAAGAAAGAUUAUUUUCACACUCCCUGGUCGCCCAUAUCAUUUCUUGCUGCGCUUGUCUUGCUCCUGCUUACUAUACUACAAACUACAUUUUCGAUUCUUUCUUAUAAUCAGCAGAGGCAGUUAGACUACUGAAGCCAAAGUGUAUCAUAUGAAAUCAUCGCCACCUUUUCCUGGUGCUCUGGAUUGUUGAUCAGGGGGUUGAUUUCUUCUAUAUGUGAGUUUUUGAAUUUCAGGCAGCACUUGGUGACUGCCAUUCAAAGGUGUCAUCUUGUUUCUAAUUUAAUUUCUAGGCUAGAGACUGUAUGUAGUAGUUGCCUUUGUGGAUUCCUCUGUUCAUAUCACCUAAUUUGUAUCUGUCCAAUAACCAUCAGAUUUGUCUAUCAGUAAAGUGUAACACCCCUAACCCAGCCUAGACUUUAUGGCCGAAUCUGGGUGCGUUACGAAGAAGGGUUGUAAAAUUAUAUCUUUUAAGCUAAAUCGUAUUGUUUUAUUAGUUUACCAA